AUGGCUGUUGUCCAUCUCCGAACAGAUUCCGACAUCCAGGAUCCCGAAUCACCACCUAUCAAGGAUGAUGCCGCGCUUGCAACACCUUCUUGGAGGUACUGGGUGCUAUUUGGUACUCUCUGUCUCAGCGGGUUCGCUGUGACAAUGGAGGGCAGUAUUCUGGUGACUGCCUUACCGACCAUAGCCCGGGACCUGCACACCACCGAGUAUGUAUGGGUGACCAACUGUUACCCUCUCGCUUCCACCAUUUUUCAACCUUUGGUCGGCUGGAUGGCCGAGGUAUUCGGGCGCAAAUCGAUCAUGCUUGGCAGUGUCCUUGUGUACGGCGUGGGCAGUGCUAUAGCAGGUUUGGCGCACUCGCUCGGCCUCAUUCUGGCCGGACGAAUCAUCCAGGGUUUUGGGGGCGGUGCCAUUCCAUUGAUGGCUGAGCUUAUCAUCAGCGACCAGCUGCUUCUAGCUCAGCGGCCUCACAUGCUGGGAAUGGUCAUGGCUACCUCGUGUCUGGGGUUGGUGUUUGGACCUAUCCUCGGCGGAGUGAUCGUCCAACAUAGUACUUGGCGCUGGAUCUUCUACCUCAACGUCCCCUUCGCUGGAGCCUCUAUUAUCUGUUUGUUUCUGAUGCUCGGCCAUCGGACGGCUGGGCAGAAGAGCGCGGCUAAGUCGCUGCGAGCCACUACGAGGCAAUUUGACUGGCUCGCACGGGUUAUUGUUCCACUGGUGUUGGGAGGUUGUGGCCUGAUCGGGUUCGGCACCUAUGAGCAUAGGUGGGCGGCGAACCCCUUGAUUCCCACCCGACUGCUGUCCAGUCUCUCGUCCGUCUCUCUCUAUAUCCAAAGCUUCAUCCAGAGCAUGCUCAUCAUCUGGGUCAACUAUUUUCUGACCGUGUACUUCCAGGCGGUUCUGGGGGUUUCGACCCAGCAAGCCAAAUUUGACCUCGUGCCCACUAUUGUGGCCCUAGUCGUGUUCUCGAUCAUUGGGGGUGACAUCAUGUCCCGGCUCCAUGGGUUCUGGGCUCUACUCAACAUUGUUAUUGCCUUUACGAUGAUGUCGAUUCGUCUAGGAUUCUUCACAUUCGUCACUUCCACCUCUCCAAACGUGGUACACGUCGUACUGCAGAUUAUCGUCGCGGGCGGUAACGGGCUGCUUUUAGCCACCCUGCUACCAAAUUUGCAGGCCCAGUGUGAUCCCGACGACUUGACUGCGGUCACUGCGCUGUUCAAUUUCCUGCGCAGUUUCGCUCUGGUCUGGGGUAUCAUUAUUCCGUCCAUCAUCUUCGACCAGACUGAAGAACAACUUGAGCCUGGCGCCCACGGACGUCCGUCCCUUGAUGAGCGAGUCAGUCAUUCAUAG